AUGUUGAGAACGGUAACUUUUUUUCAAAAAUCGGAUACAAUCAAGAGUAUCGAUAAUCUCACUCAAACGGAUGGAGAUUCAUUUGAAAGUUCAGAAAUAUCUCUGCCACGUUUCGUUCGUUUUUGGAUUCUUAUUCUACUUGAUAUUCCAUCUGUUACAUGUACAUUCUUUCUACUCUUUCAUCUUAUUCUAAAUCGAACAUUACGACGUGAAAUAAAUAAUCAUAUUAUUAUUAUUCUACUCGUAUUUGGACUAGCUGGUCAACUUAUUGAUAUUCCAUUAUAUCUAACAUUUAUUACUCAUGCAGGUAUAGUCUUUCCAUCGACACCUGCAACAUGUCUUAUUUGGUGGCUUGCUGCAUUUGGCUUUUAUAAUGGUGGUACACUUCUGAUGGGUUGGGCUGCUAUCGAACGUUAUUUGUUAAUAUUUCAUGAUCGAUUGAUGUCGACUAGUCGAAAACGUUUUCUUGUACAUUAUCUUCCUUUGAUUACUAUUAUUCUUUAUACUGGUAUCUUCUAUAUUGUUGUUAUUUUUAUGCCACCUUGUGAAAAUAUCUAUGAUUAUACAUUACCCAUAUGUAAUGCAUAUCCAUGUUAUCAGUCUUAUGGUUUACUUGGUAUGUGGGAAUUUGGUGCCAAUAAUAUAGCACCUACUGUAGCCGUUGCUUUUUUCAGUAUGUUACUUUUAAUUCAUGUUUCAUUAUUGAAACGCCGUCUUCAUCAACCGAUGAAAUGGCGUAAACAGCGUCGAAUGACAAUACAACUAUUAUCAAUUUCGUCGUUAAAUUUAAUUUUCAAUAUGCCACUCAACAUCCUUAGUCUAGCUCAUUUAUGUGGUCUACCGAGUGAUGUUGGCUUUGAAGCACAACAAUACUUUUACUUUUCAUGUUAUUUUCUUAUAUUAUUGUUUCCAUUCGUUUGUCUAUAUCAAUAUCCGGAUUUGUAUCGAAAACUAUAUUGUAAACGAGCAAAACGAUCAGCUAUUAUUGCACCUACACAUGCUACUUUAAAUUUACAUGGACGUAUUCGUUUCUAA